AUGAACUUUCUGGGUUUUUUUUCAUCAUCCACCAAACAAUAAUCAAAAUUAUAGAAGAUAAAAGUAUGUGUAAACUCUGAAUUUAGAUCUAUAAAGAUGAAUAAUGUUCAAAUUAUUUCUAAAACUUAAACAUUGAAGAUAAUACUUAAUGCUAAAAAAUUUUAGAUCAGAUUGAUAUUUAAAAUCAACUUGGAGAUGAUGUUAUAAUUAUAAUAUCUUUAGGUGAGGAAAGUGCUUCUUCUAUUUACUUGUCAGAAGGAUAAAAAGUGCAUUUCGCAGAGAAUUAUAAAUAAAUAGGAGCAAAUAGCUAAAAUUUUACAAAAUGCACCAUAAAACUUAGAGCUUUACAUAAUUUAUUAAGAAAUCAAGCUUUAAAAAUUGCAAGAAACUCAAUCUUAUCAUCAAAAAAUUUGGAAUCAUAUUAAUAUAAGUAGAAAAUAAUUGAUAUUUUUUAAGAUUCUAAGGAUCAUUCAUUUAGAUAAGGGACUCUAUUGAAAAAAAGCAAAACUGGACAAUUUAGAGAGAGACUCUUCAAACUAUAAAAAGACACCUUAAUUUAUGAAAAGUAUGAGAAACAUGAAAAAAAUAAAACAAAACAAAGUUGUAUCUCCCUUGAUUCUAUGUAAAUUGAAAAACAACCAGAUAAAAAUUUAACAUUUUUAAUAAAAUGUGAUUAAAAGAUUUAUUAAAUUAAAGCCUAAAGUAGAACUGAUUUUGAUGGAUGGUAGGUAGAAUUCAUAACGAAUAUGUAGGUUAUAUUCAUUGCAUAAUUAAAUUAUGAAGUGGAAAGAAGUGAAACUACUAUUAGAUUACGAUAAGAAAAUUGAGUAAUGUGCCUAUUCCAAAGUUGAAAAAUUGAAAACCCUUCCUACCCAAUUCAAAUCGAUAAAGUUUAUUGCUUAGAACAAUUCUUACAUUACAAAGUUUAAAUCAUGAAAAUUUUAGAUAAUUUUUAACCUAUUUGGAUGAUAAGAGAUCAUAAUUAGAAAAGAAGCUUUUCUAAUUUUUGUAGUAGAUUUAUGAGGGUGAAAUUUUGCCACAAGGUUCGAAAAGUUUAAAAUAAAUCAUUGAUAAGAGAGACUUAUUACAACAGGAGAUAUAAGAGAUGGUUAAAGAUGAUGACAGCUAUUCUAGAUUGGAAAAAAUGCAACAAAAUCAAAUGAAACAAGAAUUAACAAUACAUUUUGAUAAACAAAUUGUCCCAGAUUUUCUUUAACAAAGUAAUUAUAUAUCUUUAGUGACUAGUUAAUCAGUCUUAAAUAAUAUUAGAUUUUUCUAUUCAUUAGUUUAAAUAGUUCUAUGAAUUUCCAUUGUUUGAUUCAUCUGGUUUUUAUUAAGAUCCUACUGAUAGUUAGAUUCCGAAUUAAGAAUGA